AUGGCCCUCGCAAUGGUGGUCGCCAUGCUGAUAGUGUGCGUGUGUACUACCGCGGUGGUGGGAGGCUGGCGGGGAGGGGAGGGAAAGGAGGUCAGGUAUGAUGGCAGGGCUUUGGUGCUGAAUGGCACAAGGAGGGUUUUGUUCUCCGGGGAGAUGCACUACACUAGAAGCACCCCUGAGAGAGGAUCAGCUCUCGCCUGGGAUCUGUCUCCUAUAGAAUUUGAACCCCUGAUGUGGCCAAAACUCAUAGCGAGCGCCAGGAAGGGUGGCCUCGAUGUCAUACAAACAUAUGUCUUUUGGAAUGUUCACGAGCCUGUCCAGGGCCAGUAUAACUUUGAGGGAAGAUACGAUCUCGUGAAGUUCAUCAGAGAAAUUCAAGCUCAAGGGCUCUAUGUAAGCCUCAGGAUUGGACCCUUUAUAGAGGCAGAAUGGAAAUACGGAGGGUUUCCAUUUUGGCUACAUGAUGUUCCAAACAUCACCUUCCGAACAGACAAUGAACCCUUCAAGCAACAUAUGCAACGAUUUGUCACACAGAUAGUAAACAUGAUGAAAAAGGAAGGGCUGUAUUACCCACAAGGAGGCCCAAUCAUCAUUUCCCAGAUUGAGAAUGAGUACCAGAUGGUUGAGCCUGCAUUUGGCUCAGGUGGCCCACGUUAUGUCCGUUGGGCAGCUGAAAUGGCUGUAGGUCUCCAGACAGGUGUUCCAUGGAUGAUGUGCAAGCAAAACGAUGCCCCAGACCCAAUUGUUAGUUUCCAUUAUUACAUUGUUUCACCUGAUUGCACCUCAUUAGCCAAUAAUUCCUAUCAGUUUGACAGACCAAACUCACCUAGCAAGCCUGCAUUGUGGACAGAGAAUUGGACAACUCGCUACCCUAUAUAUGGUAAUGAUACAAAGUUGAGAUCUACAGAAGAUAUUGCCUUUGCAGUUGCACUUUUCAUAGCAAGAAAGAAAGGAAGCUUUGUGAGCUACUACAUGUACCAUGGAGGAACAAACUUUGGUAGGUUUGCCUCUUCAUAUGUAACAACAAGUUACUAUGAUGGAGCUCCUCUAGAUGAAUACGGUCUAAUAUGGCGACCUACAUGGGGCCAUCUCAAGGAACUGCAUGCUGCAGUAAAUCUAUCUUCAGAACCAUUACUGUUUGGAACGUACUCCAGUUUUUCAUUAGGUCAAGAACAAGAGGCACAUAUCUUCGAAACAGAAUUGAAGUGUGUGGCUUUCUUGGUCAACUUUGAUAAGCAUCAGUCACCAACAGUAGUAUUCCGUAAUAUGUCUUUCCAACUGGCACCCAAAUCCAUCAGUAUUCUAUCAGAGUGCAGGACAGUGGUAUUUGAAACAGCCAAGGUAACUGCUCAGUAUGGGUCAAGAACAGCCAAAGCAUUAGAGUCUACUAACGAUAUUCAUAGAUGGAAGGCAUUUAAAGAACCAAUUCCUGAAGAUAUAAGCAAGGCUGCAUACACUGGAAACCAACUCUUUGAACAUCUCUCAAUGACUAAAGAUGAGACAGAUUAUCUCUGGUACAUUGUCAGCUACGAAUAUAGACCAAGCGAUGAUGGCCAGCUUGUGCUUCUUAAUGUUGAGUCACGAGCACAUGUAUUGCAUGCCUUUGUCAACACUGAAUACGUAGGGAGUGUGCAUGGGAGUCAUGAUGGACCUGGCAACAUAAUUCUCAACACGAAUAUUUCUCUAAAGGAGGGGGAGAACACAAUAUCAUUGCUAAGUGUAAUGGUUGGAUCACCGGACUCUGGUGCUCACAUGGAAAGAAGAAGCUUUGGAAUUCGCAAAGUGAGCAUACAGCAAGGACAACAACCACUAUAUCUCCUCAACAACGAACUAUGGGGGUACCAGGUUGGCUUAUAUGGAGAAGGGAAAAGAAUCUACACGCAAGAAGAAGCAAGCAGUGUUGAAUGGACAGAGAUCAACAAUUUGACAUAUCAUCCACUUACUUGGUACAAGACAACAUUCGCCGCACCAGUGGGCAACGAUGUGGUGGCACUGAACCUCACUAGUAUGGGCAAGGGAGAAGUAUGGGUCAACGGGGAGAGCAUUGGACGGUACUGGGUCUCCUUUAAGGCCCCAAGUGGACAGCCCUCUCAAUCCCUGUAUCACAUUCCACAGCACUUCCUGAAACCUAUAGACAACCUCCUUGUUCUUGUUGAGGAAAUCGGAGGCAAUCCGCUGGAGAUAACGUUGAACACAGUGUCCAUCACAACAGUGUGUGGCAAUGUGAAUGAGCUUUCGUCGCCGGCUCUCCAUACGCAAGGAAAGGGUCCGGAAGUACAUUUACGGUGCCAAAGGGGAAAACACAUCUCAGCAAUUGAGUUUGCGAGUUAUGGGAAUCCUGCAGGCGACUGCACAACAUUUUCAACUGGAAGUUGCCAUGCCACGCUGUCUGAAUCCGUUGUAAAACAGGCUUGCAUAGGUAAAAGGGGUUGCUCUAUUCCGGUAUCUCCUGCCAGGUUUGGUGGUGAUCCGUGCCCUGGGAUCCAAAAAUCCCUUCUAGUUGUUGCGAAUUGCAGAUGA